AUGCAUUUGCUAGGUACUGUGUUCCAACAUCUUCGAUUCGAUUGCACCAGAGAUUUAUUUGCUGAUGGAAAUGAUUUUUCACCGGAAACAAUUGCAAAAAAUCGAGAUAUUUAUUAUCAAAAACAAAUUGCUGAUAUAAUAAUCAAUCAAACAACUGAAACUAUUUCCUUAUUAACAUCUGCAUUACAUAUCAAUUUAAAUAUUGGCCAAAGUCUAACAAUAAAUACAUCAUCAAUAUUUCUAUCAUUAGAGACAAUAUCAAUUGAAUCUCUUUCAAAUAAAAUUAUUCAACAAAUUGGGAAUGCACAAAUACAUUUUCCAUCAAAUUUCAAUUCAACUAUUAAUCAUAAUCAAAUAGUUUCACUUCGAUCAAUUAUGCGACCACUUGCAUCAGCUGAUGAAUCUCAACUAAAAUCACAUACCAAUUUGUCAACAUCAAUUUCAUUUUCAAUACUUGAUCAAACUGGAAAUAAAAUGUCUGUUCCAGUAACUUCUAAUCAUCUAUAUGAAUUUAUUAUUCCACAUGAUCCAAAUGUGAUUAUACCAUCGAUGGCAUUACAAAAUGUUACUUCAUUGAAUUCUACACCUUUUCAUCUUCUAUUUAAUUUACAUUAUAUUAACAUUACUCAAUCAAAUAAUUUAACAAUUUCUCUUCAUAUUGAAAUACAACCAUUAAAUAUAAGUCUUGCUUAUUUAUUUAUUUAUAAAUUUGAUAGUUCACCACAAUUGAAUAGUUCAAUUAAUCAAAUUGCUGGAUGGUCUCUUUUUUGUCCGACAAAUUUAACAAAUGAUAAUCUUUACACAUAUUUUAUUGAUAAUCAAUUAACAGUGAAUCAUCAAUCAUUCAUAUUUGGUUUACGAGAAUUAAAUUCAACAGAAAUAGAUGACUUUUGUUCAAGUCAAUCGAGUAUUAACAAUCCACCAAUAUCAGAUAGACCAUUUAAUUUUACAUCAAAUUAUCAAGUUCGUACUUAUAUAUCAGGUUGUUAUUAUUUCGAUUCAGAUAAUAAUUGGCAAUCAGAUGGGUUAUUGGUUGGAUCAUUGACAAAUCAUAUGCAAACUCAAUGUUUAUCAACAAAUAUAGCAACAUUUGCUAGUGCUCUUCUUUUUUUACCAUCACCAAUUAAUUGGAAUUAUGUUUUUGCAAAUGCUGAUUUUAUCAAAAACAAAACAAUUUAUUUAACUAUUAUUUGUAUUUCUUGUCUUUAUAUUUUAUUAGUUAUUUAUGCACGUUAUAAAGACAAAAAAGAUAUUGAAAAAUUAGGAGUAACAAUAUUACCGGAUAAUUAUAAAAAAGAUCAAUAUGCUUAUGAAAUUCUUGUAUUUACUGGUCAUAGAAAAGAUGCCGGAACAAAAUCAAAAGUUCAAUUUACAGUUACUGGUGAACAUGAACAAACAAAAGUUCGAACAUUUUCUGAUCCAAAACGAAAGAUUUUUCAACGUGAUAGCAUUGAUGCAUUCAUUAUGACUGUUCCGAAAUCAUUAGGAUCAUUGAAUUAUAUUCAUAUUUGGCAUGAUAAUACUGGUGGAGGUUCUUCAUCAUCAUGGUUUCUUAAAUAUAUAAUUGUUUGUGAUUUACAAACAUUAGAAAAAUCUUAUUUUAUUUGUCAACAAUGGUUAGCUGUAGAAGAAGAUGAUGGACGUAUCGAUCGUGUUUUACCAAUUGCAGGUGAAUUUCAAAAACAUGAAUUUUCCUAUCUUCUGUCUAAACGAGUAUAUCACAAUAUAUCAGAAGGUCAUCUUUGGUUUUCAAUACUUGCUCGGCCACCAUCAUUUGAAUUUACACGUGUACAACGUUGCACUUCUUGUUUUACUUUGUUAUUUAUUUCAAUGCUUUUAAAUAUUCUGUAUUAUGAUCAACUAGCAACAGUAAAACUAUUGGGUACUAAUGCUACUGGUUUUUCAAUUGGUCCUUUCUACAUUACUCUAGAGCAGAUUGAAAUAGGUUUUGUAGUUGAAUUACUAACAUUGAUCCCAAGUUUGUUUCUUGUUGCAUUUUUUCGACGUAUUCGUCUUCGACCAUCUCAUCAACAACAAGUUCACUCAUUAUAUCAGAGUCGUUUUAAAAUAAAACCACAUGCAACACUUAAUACGAUGGUCAAAGAUGAUAAGAGAAAAUCGAAAUUAACAUUUCCAUGGUGGUGUAUUUUUAUUGCAUAUAGUUUAUCAUUUUUAUUGGCUGCUGUGUCGAUAUUUUUCAUAACUGUUCGUGGAAUUGAAUUCGGUGAUUUAGAAACUCAAAAAUGGUUAACAUCAUUAAUAAGUAGUUUCUUUUCAUCUAUUCUUCUUAUUCAACCAAUGAAAAUUCUUUUGAUAUCAGUACUUUGCGCUUGUUUUGUUCGAAAUUCAGAUGUUGAUAAAGAAGCAGCUGAAUAUUUAGAUGACAAUUUUAAUAUUAAUUUAAAUAAUGAUGAAGAAUAUCUGCAUUUCAUUGAAUAUUAUAAUUCCCCUUUUUCUCAUCGACAUUACACAAAUAUAUCACGUCUUGAUAAAAGUGAAUUAGUCUUAGUACGUUAUCAACGUUUGCAAGAAAUGAAAAUGUGGAAAAUAAUACGUGAAAUUUUAAUUUAUCUAUGUUUUCUUUGUGUUUUAAAUAUCUUUGUUUAUUCAAAUACAAAUUCAAAUGGAUUUGAUCAAACGAAUCAUUUAAGAAAAUUUCUUUUAAAUUCAAGACAAAUUAAUCAAGAUUAUACAAAGAUUUCAACAAUAAAUGAAUAUUGGAAUUGGUUAGAAAAUAGUUUUGUUUCGAAUAUUCAUGCUCAGCAAUGGUAUAAUGGAAACUUACCGAGAAAUUUAAAUGGUUUUAUAAAUGAUAAAACAAAUCGAAUGAUUGGAUGGGCAAUAAUAAGACAAUUACGCAUUAAAUCACAUCCAUGUCAAACUAAACAAAAUCUUUUCUCAAUAUGCGAAGAUGAUUAUAGUUUUUCUAAUGAAGAAAAACAUUCAUUUGAACCUGGAUGGAGUAAUCAAACAACACAAGUAUAUAGUUCAUCGAUUCAACAAGCAUUUAAAUAUCAAACUGGUAAUCAAUUAGAUUCAUAUGUUUAUUUAGGAAAAUUUGGAAGAUAUAGUUCAGGUGGUUAUGUAUAUGAAUUUCGAGGACGAUUAAUUGAUCUUCAAAG